UCCUGCCUUUCCUGGACUACUGCCAGCUCCCAGGGUUCCUUUCAACAGCAGCACCACUGACAGAGAAAACCAAAAAGGGGGAUUAAAUUGUGAGGGUUUGUCAGUAAUUAUUCUGUAAAGGAUUUGUACGAUCUUGUACAAAAAUGACGUCCCCAGAAGAUGUCCUGAGAAAAAAUUGUAAGAUGGUCCAUGGUUGUCCCAUGAUCUAUGCUUUUACAUUCAACUGGGAAAAGGUUGAGCAGUUCCACAGCAGGCCAGAUGACAUUGUCAUCGUCACUUACCCCAAAUCAGGUACCACUUGGGUAAGUGAAAUUGUGGACAUGAUUAUAAAUGAUGGAGAUGUUGAAAAAUGUAAGCGAGAUGUUAUAACUGUUAAAGUUCCAAUGUUGGAGAUGACUGUUCCUGGCCUAAGAACUUCAGGUAUAGAACAAUUGGAGAAGAAUCCAUCACCUCGGCUUGUGAAGACACAUCUACCAAUUGAUCUCCUUCCGAAGACCUUCUGGAAGAAUAACUGCAAGAUGAUUUAUGUGGCUCGAAAUCCCAAGGAUGUUGCAGUUUCAUAUUACCAUUUUGACUUAAUGAAUAAUUUGCACCCUCUUCCUGGCACCUGGGAAAAUUAUCUGGAGAAUUUCAUUGCUGGAAAUGUGGCCUAUGGUUCCUGGUUUAAUCAUGUUAAGAACUGGUGGAAGAAAAAAGAAGAACACCCGAUACUUUUCUUGUAUUAUGAAGAUAUGAAAGAGAAUCCAAAGAAAGAAAUCAAGAAGAUUGCUACAUUUCUAGAGAAAAACUUAAAUGAUGAGAACCUAGAUAAGAUUGUCCAUCACACCUCAUUUGGAAUGAUGAAGGAUAACCCUCUGGUGAAUUAUACACAUAUUCCAAGUACAGUAAUGGAUCACAGCAAAUCCCCUUUUAUGCGCAAAGGAAUUACAGGUGACUGGAAGAAUUACUUCACAGUGGCCCAAAAUGAGAAGUUUGAUGCCAUUUAUAGGAAGGAAAUGUCUGGAAGCACACUUCAGUUCCGCACAGACUUUUAAAGGACAGAGAUGAGAAAGGAGGGAGAGAAACAUCAAUGUGUGAGAGAAACAUCAAUCCAUUGCCUCUCCCAUGUCCCCAAAUGGAAACCUAGGCCGCAACCCAGGCCUGUGCCUUGACAGGCAAUGGAACUGGUGACAUUUCAGCUGCAUCCACUCCAUCCACUGUACUCCAUCCACUGAGCAACACCAGCCAGAGCUAUAUAUUUUUCUUUAUUUCCUACUGUGCUGUCUAGAACAUCUAAUACAAUAUUGAAUAAAGAUUGC